AUGUUCAGGAAGAUCCACUCAAUCUUCAGCUCUGGCCCAGAGAGGAAGGCAGAGGUAGAGAGCCAGUACUACGGCGGGGCUGGCUCGGCUGUCCGGCUCCUUCGCAGCAGUUCCAUGUAUGUAGUCGGAGACCAUGGGGAGACCUUCAGCGAGUCCCUGAAGAAGUACAAGAGCACCAGCAGUAUGGACAGUAGCCUGUACUACUUGCAGCACGAGGAGGACAGGGCAUGGAUGUACUCUCGCACCCAGGAUUGCUUGCAGUACUUGCAGGAACUGCUGGCCCUGCGCAAGAAAUACCUCAGCAGUCUCCACGACCUAAAGCCCAGGCAUGCUCAAGGGUCAUCUUCCACGUCCUCCAAGUCUUCCAAGGCAGGGAAAAAGGCCUUUGUCCAAACAACUCCCCGAGAAGUAAAGAAAGCAAACCCAAAGAAGUGCUCACAGUUCAGUGCAGACGUGGCAGAAGCAAUAGCCUUCUUUGACUCCAUCAUCUCAGAGCUGGACACAGAGAAGCGGUCCUUCCCCACUGAGACCGACCCCCCAAACGAGGAUGUGGACUUUGAUGUGGCCACCAGCUCCCGGACUCACAGCUUACACUCCAACUGGAUCCUACGGGCACCGCGGAGACAUUCCAAGGCCAUGGCUGCCCGGGUUGCUCAGACCCUGGAUGUCCAGCUUCGCACAAGCACCGAGUGGAGGACCCUCAGCACUCAGAGGAGACUAGAAAGGCACCCUAUUUACUUGCCCAAAGCUGUAGAAGGGGCAUUCAACACCUGGAAGUUUAAGCCCAAAGCCUGUAAAAAAGACUUGGGGAACUCCAGACAAAUUCUCUUCAACCUCUCAGGGGACGAUAUGGAAUGGGAUGCUGAACUCUUUACCUUGGAGCCCCUGGCACCUCCAGUGGAGGACUACUGUGAGAUGGAGAAUCCCAAAGGACAGUGGCUGCUUCGGGAAAGAUUCUGGGAGCGGACUGUGCCCUGA